GAAGUAGCUGCGAUUUUCAACUUUCUUCAAACUGGUUUGCCUCCUACUCUCGAAAAUAUAUUUGAUGUGAUUUAUUACAAGUUAAUCGACAAAAAGAUUGGAGACAAGUCGAUUUUAAAAGUCAAAAUUUAUACUAGAUAAGUUUAAUUCAUAAAUUAGUGGUAAGCAAUGAUGAAAUAACCCAAUGGAAAGGAUAUAUGAGUAGUCAGAAUAGUUUCGAGACUAUUCACAUGGUCAGCCAUUUUUGACCUACUUUCGCGGAAUAACAAAAUUUGAACGAAAUGGUUACGUUUGUAGUGUAAAACAACUGAAAUCGACUUUGGGAAGCGACAACCAUACACUCAUAUAUAGGAAAAUUUUGUUGGGAUAGAGUGUACUAUGUCGGGAAGUGAAGAGGUUGGAAGCCCCAUGGAGCAUGGGGAGUUAGAACCAAGCCCCGACCACACAGAAACCCAGCAAGAGGAUGAUGUCAUGGAAGACAGAGAGGAACAAGAAGAAGCCUUAUAUAUCAAGCCACCACAAGCAAAGGUGAUAAAGAAAGACAAACACAAACACAAGCAUAAGGAACAUAGAAAGAAAGAUAGAGACAAGGAUCAAGGUAAACACAGAGAUAGAAGUCGAGGAAGCAGACAAGAUCGCCAUGGCAAAGAACAUCGUAGAGACAGAAGUGGCGAGAAAUCCCGUGACAAAAAGGAGCACUCUAGAGAUGAAAAACGACGAGAAGAUCGUAUAAGAGACAAAGACAAUCGCCCUCAUAGUAGGGAAACUAAACCUGAACGUAUCAUAGAAAAAGUACCUGUUGAAAGGUCUGAGAGAAGACCCUCCAAAGAGAAAACAGAAUCAGUUAAACCUACAAAAGAAAGAGACUUAAGAGAAAAAUUAGAGGCUAGAUCUAAGGAAUCAAGGGAUAAAGAGAAACUCAAGUCUGACUCAUCCAAGAGAGCAGUAAAGGUUGAUGAUAAUAAGACAGUUGAUAUAAAAACAAAAUCAAGACACAGACAAGAGCCAGAUAUUGUAGAUAUUACUCAGGAAAAACAUAGUGAACCAAAACCACAGACUGAAAAGGAAAAACGGGAAGAAUCUAGGAGAGAAAGAGAGCGGCUUGAGCGUAUAGAGCGAGAGAAGCAGAUGAGGGAUAGGUUAAUGAGAGCUCAACGAGAGAAAAGGCAACAAGAAGAGGAGCUGAGAGCAAGGGCUGAGAAAUCUGCUAAAGAUGCUGCCAUUAAGAAAGAAAAAGAAGAACUGAGGCGUGCAAGAGAAGCCAGAGACAAUAGUAGAAAACAGAAAGACCGAUCUGAAGUUGAACGUAGCAGGAGUAGAGAACGUGACACACGCACUAGGGAUACUCGAGACAGGGGAGAUCGAGAUAGAGGCAGGGAUCGGGAUCAGAUAAGAGAAAGAGAUCAGAGUGCCAGGGAUCGAGAUAGAGAAAGAGGUCAGUUACGUGAUCAACGGGACCAGAUGCGUGAUCGAGAUCCAGACCGACCAAGUAGCCGAAGAUCCACCCCUCAAAAUAAUUCUGGAAGAAGCAAGGCCCCUCCAGAGCCUAUUUACAAGGAAGAGUCUCCUGAGGUGGAAGAAGAGGUUGAGUCCAGUGAGGCAGAAAGUGAAGAUCAGAAUGCUGAAUCUGCUUCAGAGGAAGAAAGUGGAGACACCAAUUCAGAAGAUUCGGAUUCUGACUCAGAGAGUGAGAGCGGCUCAGAGAGUGGGGAGGAGGAUGAACAGAAAGCACCAGUGAAGUCCAAGUUUGAAGAUCAAUCAGAGGAGGAAGCCUCAGAGGAAGAACAUUCCCCCGAGCCUCAGGGACACUAUCUGGAUGAUACUCCCCCACAAUCCCCCAUUGAGCUGAAGCCAGAAUUACCGCCAUAUUUCCCAGCUAUCCAGGGCUGCAGGAGUGUGGAGGAAUUUCACUGUCUCAACAGGAUCGAGGAGGGUACCUAUGGUGUUGUAUAUAGGGCCAGAGACAAGAAAACAAAUGAGAUAGUUGCUCUGAAAAGACUGAAGAUGGAGAAAGAGAAGGAGGGAUUUCCUAUCACUUCUCUGAGAGAGAUCAGUACAAUUCUCAAGGGGCAACAUGAGAACAUUGUCACUGUCCGUGAAAUAGUGGUAGGAAGCAAUAUGGACAAGAUCUAUAUAGUAAUGGACUAUGUAGAACAUGAUCUCAAGAGUCUUAUGGAGUCAAUGAAGCAACCAUUCCUUGUUGGUGAAGUUAAAACCCUGAUGCUGCAGUUGCUACGUGCAGUCAACCAUCUCCAUGACAACUGGAUCCUCCAUAGAGAUCUGAAGACAUCAAAUCUCUUACUUAGCCAUAAAGGUAUCCUGAAAGUUGGAGACUUUGGCCUUGCCCGUGAAUAUGGGUCCCCUCUGAAGCCGUAUACCCCCAUAGUUGUAACACUAUGGUACAGGGCCCCUGAGCUGCUUCUAGGGACAAAGCAAUAUGAUACUGCCAUUGAUGUGUGGAGUGUAGGCUGUAUAUUUGCAGAGUUUCUCACUAUGAAACCACUGUUCCCUGGCAAGUCAGAGAUUGAUGAACUCAAUAGAAUAUUUAAAGACUUAGGAACUCCUAAUGAAAAGAUUUGGCCAGGUGUUGGUGAUCUUCCAACCAUGAAAAAAUGCACAUUUGCAGAAUAUCCGUACAAUACUCUAAGGAACAGAUUUGGCUCUUACCUCACUGAGAAAGGAUUUGAGCUUGUAAACAAAUUUUUGACUUAUGAUCCGAAGAAGAGAAUAAAAGCUCAAGAUGCCUUGAAGCAUGAAUUCUUCAAGGAAUCUCCCCAACCAGUUGACCCCUCAAUGUUCCCUACCUGGCCUGCCAAGAGUGAGCAGAACAGAAAACAUGGCAAUACCCCUAAACCUCCAUCUGGGGGUAAGGGGGCUUAUGCUAAACUUUUGGGAGAUGAUGACAUAGAGCAAGUGUUGGCCACAGGGGGCGCUGGUUUCCAUCUCCAAACCGCAACUAAGGGGAUAUCAUCUGGUGCUGUGCCUAGUUUCAGUCUCAAGUUCUAGAAAUGUCAUAUGUUUAAAAGUUCCAGUGAUGUCAUCUGUCUGAAGUUCUUGGGAUGUCAUCUGUAUGAAGUCUAAUGAUGUCAUUAGUGGAAAGAUCUUGCAUAGUCAUUCGUCCAAGCUCAAGUUAUGUUAUCACUCUUUGAAGCUCUACAGCAAAGCUCAAUGGCUCAAUAUUUCUACUGUUCCAGAACAUAUACAAAGAUAUUUGUCAAAUUGUGAUGAAAUUCUUAUUGCACGAACUGGAAAUGAUUGAGCAAACUGAGCAUAUGAUUAUGUUCAGGAAACUAACCAAUAUAAUAAACUAAAAAUAUUAAAUCCAUCAAUGAUAAACUAUUGAAAAAACUGACAAUAAUUUCAGCGAAAAAUCGCAACAUCGAAUUGUUAACGCCAUCUAUAUGGUUGUUAAAGUGACAAUUUACAUUGACAAGUUGACUCCAUGGUGCCUACUGCCAUCUAUAGUUCAGAUGUAUCUAGGUAAGGGAUGCCACAUAUAUAUACUAACAUAUAGUAUAAGAUGUUC